AUGGCGUUGGAAAUGGAAACCUCUCAGGGUGAAGCUACCAAGAAGAAGAGACUCCUCAUCCUCAACUGCAUUAUAUUAGGCAUAGGCAACUGCGGCGCCCCUUUGAUCACGCGCCGCUACUUCCUCGGCGGAGGCAAGAGGGUCUGGUUCUCAAGUUGGCUGGAAACCGGCGGCUGGCCCAUCAAUUUCAUCCCUCUUCUCCUCACCUACAUCCAGCGCCGCAGAACCGCCCAAGGCUCAAACGCCAAACUCAUCUUCAUAACACCCACAAUAUUCGCCAAAGCCGCCCUCAUCGGCGUCGUAACCGGACUCGACGACUACGUCUAUGCCUACGGCCUCUCCAAGCUCCCCGUCUCCACCACCGUUCUUCUCAUAGCCACCCAGCUAGCCUUCACGGCGGCCUUCGCGCGUCUACUAGUGAAACAGAAGUUCACGGCCGCCUCGGUGAACGCCGUCGUGCUGCUCACCAUGGGAGCCGGAUGCUUGGCCAUGGGCGCCAGCGGCGACCGCCCCGCCGGCGUGUCGAAAAAGGAGUAUAUUUCCGGGUUUCUUUUGACGCUCACGGCCGCGUGCUUGUACGGAUUUGUUCUGCCGUGGAUAGAAUUGACUUACAGAAAGGCGAAGCAGGCGAUUACGUAUACUUUGGUUUUGGAGAUGCAAUUGGUCAUAUGUUUCUUCGCUACCUGUUUCUGUACCAUUGGAAUGAUCAUAAACAAAGAUUUCCAGGCGAUUCCGAGGGAAGCAAGAGCGUUUGAGAUGGGAGAAGGAAAGUACUAUGCGGUAAUAGUUGGGAGUGCGGUUCUUUGGCAGUUGUUUUUCAUGGGAGUGGUGGGUGUAAGCUGCUUCGGUUCGUCGUUGUUGUCGGGCAUCAUAAUCUCGGCAUUAAUUCCGGUGACGGAGAUGUUGGGCAUUUUGUUGUACCAAGAAAAGUUCCGACCGGAGAAGGGCGUGUCUCUUGCCCUCGCGCUUUGGGGGUUUGUUUCUUACUUCUAUGGUGAAUUCAAGAUUAGUAAGGAGUCCAAGGAGCAGGAAACUGAGAGGGAGAUCACCCUGUCUCAUACUGUUUCUAUCUAAUGUAAUCUCUUCUAUUUUGUUCUUUAUAUAUAUAUAGGGUGGAGAUCAUGUGAGGAUAAGUAUCCCACAUGAGAAGUGUGGACUAAGAUUGGACAAUGGUGAUUAGUAGAAACCGGUUGAUUGACACGAUAAAUGGAGUAGGAAGUUAAGUGUGAUAACAUCAAUUUCACAUCUAUGGGAGAAUCCAAAUAUGCUUUUU